AUGUUUCACCGACUUCGUCGAAGCUCCAAGAGAUCAACCCAGUUUCUGGCCUUCCCGCAUGUGCUGGCCAAAUGUCUGCACGGCUGGCGGCAGUGCUCUUCGAGGCGGCGCCGCGCUUGGGCCGCUGGGCAGCGCCGAUGCCAGGCUCGGCUGCAGGAGCGUAGACUUCUCCGGAGCCAUUUCGGCAGAUGGCUUGCGGCUGCUUGCUGGAACCAGCGUUUGCAGAGUCUUCGCCGACAUCUUUGGCCGCUUUUCGAAGGCGUGCACCGAGCUGUGGUAACAACGCUGGUCUUUUACCGAUGGCGCUGCUGGUCGCGAGGGCAGGGACGCGUGGUGGAGGUCGAGCCCAACAUGUACUUGCACGACUCGUGCCCAGCGCCGGCACGGAUGUUGCAAGAAAGAGCCGCAACAGAGCUGGCCUUCCGCGCCUGGCGCAGCCUUCCACGACGACGGGAGGCCAGCAGAAAGAGUGGCGCGAAAUGGAUGGAGGCCUCUGCCGCUUCCGAGCUCUGGGCCUGGGCGGAACGGCUGCACGCGCAGGUGGCCCGUGCGCGGCUCGCGCGGCGCGCAGCCCAAGCGCGGCAGGCCGCUGGCCUUCCAGCGCCCGCGCAGCAAACACUCCAGAGCAUCAUUGAAGAUGUGUUGGCGCAGGCGCGCACUGCCGCGCUGUUGGCAGCCUGGCGAUGGGUGGUGCAGGAUGCCGACCCCCCUGAGCCGCCCGAGCGCGGCCAGGAGGAUGCGGGUCGAGAAGCACAUGAAGUGUUGAGCCUGUGCCAGAUGCUGGAGUGGCAGAACGCUGACAUGCAGUCUCUGCUGCAAGAACGUGCCAUCGAAAACGCACGGCAGCAGCCAUCAGCCAUCGGUGCGUCUCAGGCCGUUGACCGUCGCCAGGCUUGGGCAGACUUGAAGCUUGAAUCGAAGCAUGGCAUGUCCAUGGCUCGGCCAAGCCGGAUGGGCUACGAGGGCGGCGUUUUGCUGACUCACAUGUCCCAAAACAAGCAAGCACCGAAGUGGAGCUUUGCGGGAAAAAGCCCUGGCAGUGGCAUCAGACCAAAGACGCCUGGGCCCGGCACUUAUGGCCAUCAGACCUCCCAGUCCUGCAGGAUCAGGCAGCCUUGCUACGCCUUCGGCUCCUCGGCUCGCGACAAGGCUGGCAUGGCUCUGGCCUCGCCCGGACCUGGUGCCUAUGGGGCCAGCGAAUCCUACGGAUCAAAGCGCCCCCGUUCUGCCGGCCCUGUCUUCGGCAGAGCUGCACGUGGGCUCGGGUCUGGACGGGACACGCCAGGCCCCGGAGCCUAUGUGCCGAACGUGAACUCCACGAGGCCGCAGUUCCCGCGACACACCUGCACACCCCGAAGAGACGGGGCCGACUGGGGACACCGAAAGUGCUCCACCACCCCUGGCCCGGGCACCUAUGGGCAUGGUGGCGCGGCUGGCGCGGGCUCGGAGAGUCCAGUGUCAAAAGCCGCGCCGAGAUGGGCGUUUGGCACUGCCGACCGAGGCGUCCGGGCAAACGGCGAGAAUCCGGGACCUGGCCAAUACGACCUCCGCUCCCGAGUCGCUGGACCGAAGUUUUCGAUCCGAUGCCGCAACGAGUUGGACUCCUCCGGGCUCUGUCCUACGCCCGGUCCGGGCGCCUUUGGAGGGAUGUACACGCAGUUCGGCUACUGA